CUCAGCCCUGUCAUCAACAGCUGCAAUGUCAUCACAGAAAUCAUGCCACAAAGACAUUAUACGACAGUGACAUUGAACCAGGUUUACUGUCCUGGCAGCAGGUCCAUUUUGAGCUUCUUGCUCUUAGCAUGGGACACGGAGUUUGAACAAGACUGGAAAGAAAUGGUGGCUGCAUUCCUUUAUCGGCUGGCAGCUGGGAAGGAAUCGGGGUGGAUGGCCAUACUUCUACCUAAACAAAAUGCACUUACGUUGGCUAUAUUUGAUCUUUGGGGUGGGAAUUUCGGCAGUAAACUCUUCAACAACCAGUCCCGCUUCCUAUUCUUUGAAGGAAUCUCAUCCAGCACCGUCCAAAUGGAUUCGCGAAGGCACAGCACCUCCGUCUAUGAAUAUCUCGCUUCAAAUAGGUCUUGUGCAAGGUCGUUUAGCUGAGCUGGAAAAUAGGCUUCAAGAAGUUUCCAACCCGCGCCACAAGAGAUACGGUCAGUUUCUGACUAGAUUUGAAGUAGCCAGGCUACUUCGACCGCAUCGAGAUGCCGUAGACCGUACGCAAGCGUGGCUUGAAGAGCAUGGUAUUUCGACUGGUCGUCACAAUUUUAACGCGGCCGGAGACUGGCUUGCGGUGACUGUAUCUAUUGCGGAAGCGGAGCGCCUUCUUGAUACCAAAUAUCAUAUAUACAGAUACGGGCAUCAAACAGCCGCUCGGGCAAUGGAGUGGUCAGUACCCCAAUACCUACACGACGCGAUCGACACCAUUCAACCAACAACCUCCUUAAUGCGCAUCCCAGGCCAAGUCAAAGCACGUCAGAAUGAAGACCACGAGAUCACGAACAUUAACCAACAAGCAGAGGACGCCGCAUUGGGUAUCGGAACGGAUGUCGACUUGAAUAAUAUCCCACCGGAUUUGACCCCUCAACAAGCAUGUAACGCCAGCGCUGUAACGUCCCUUUGCCUUCGUACGCUGUAUGGCACCCUGUACUACAGGGCGGACUCUCAACGAGGGACAAAAAUGGCGCUGGUCAAUUAUUUGGGAGAGUUCAACAACAGAUCAGAUGUUUCUCAUUUUCUCAAAAUAUAUAGACCAGACGCUGUUUCUGGCGCAGAGAGCUUCGAAGACAUCAGCAUAAAUGGUGGGAUCAACCAGCAGAGUCUUGUAACGCCAGAGCAAUACGCCCGCGGCGCUGGGAGGGAAGGCAAUCUUGACGCUGAAGUUAUGCUCGGCAUUGCCCACCCAAUCCCUCUUACUAUAUAUUCAGUUGGUAAAUCCGAGCCACCGUUUAUCCCGGACUCAUUCACUCCCACCAACACUAACGAGCCGUUCUUGGUAUGGCUGAACUGGAUUCUUGACCAGCCUGAUUCGGAACUUCCCAGCGUGGUUUCCACUUCGUAUGGGGACAUCGAACAUACUGUUCCAAUUUCAUAUGCUCGACGAGUGUGCAACGGUUUUGCCCAGCUGGGUGCACGCGGGGUAUCUGUUAUAAUGGGUUCAGGAGAUUAUGGUGUUGGUCAUCCGGGUCACUGUUAUUCGAAUGACGGCCUCACUACUCCCGAGUUCCUUGUAAGCUUUCCAGAUUCCUGUCCGUGGGUCACAUCUGUCGGUGCUACAAAAGGCAUCCAGCCAGAAGUUGUUGCAGUGAACAGCCGUAAUGGAUUCUCAUCAGGCGGAGGCUUCAGUAAUUACUUUCCGCGUCCGGAUUACCAAGCCAAUAACCCCAAUAGCAUUGCUCGGUAUCUUUCAAAGAUUAACAACCUCCAUUCUGGCAUGUUCAAUCCAUAUGGACGUGCAAUCCCCGAUGUUUCCGCGCAGGGGUAUCGCUUUGUGACGAUUUGGAACGGAGAGACAAAACUCAUUGAUGGCACAUCAGCUUCUGCUCCAACAUUCGCUGCCAUUGUAGCUUUGGUCAAUGAUGCAUUGGCAGCGGAGAAAAAGCCACCACUGGGAUUUUUAAACCCAUGGCUAUACAUGGAGGGAUUCAAAGCAUUUCAGGAUGUCACUCAAGGUACAAAUGGAGGCUGCAAUACAACAGGCUUUCCAGCUCUGCAAGGGUGGGAUGCAGCCUCCGGAUGGGGUACACCAUUGUUUCCAAAGUUCAGGGAGAUAGCGUUGAAGAGAAAAUCGAGAGAGACUCGGCCGUGGUAUAUCCGGUGGUGGUUCUGGUAAUGUGUAGAAUAAUUCGAUCUUGAGUUCCAUUCAAGGGGGGUUCAAGGAUCGCGUAUUAGUCAGCAUAAUUUAAUAUGUUGGCGGAUUUCAACCUCCUCUUCGCUCGUCUCUUUUAGUUACUCUGUACUCCGUACUCCGUACUGAUGAUAUCUUAUUAUCCUCAUUUUUUCUAUGAGUUUUUAGCCACUUCUAUUGUAUUUGACUGCUUAUCUUAAUAUGCAUGCUAAGGAUGGCAUUUGAACUAGUGCUAACAAACUGUUGAUUAUUGCCCGAGUGCGUCUAGCCAGCGUGAUGUGAUGCGCGCAGUGCAUGCUACUAACGUCCGAAAACUUCCAGUCUCCUCUAACUAUCCCAAAACUAUAUCAACAACUCAACAAUAUAAUAUCCCAUAGCUGCAACACUUAUUUGAAAACCCCGGAAAGAAAUAACAUCCUGCGAUUCUUAUGUAAAGAAAAGAAACAAAGAGGGCUGCCAUAUCGCUGUUGAUCGGUCCCGUGCCUCUUCCUCCAAUUCCCCUACCCAAAUUCUUCUCUCCGGAGAGCUGAUACCGUCCCCGAAGGGAUGGCGGCGAUACGGCAGUGAUUGCCCUUCUUCAGGAUCUUUCGAUAAUUAGACAUACUGGACGAAGAUUUGCACUUUUGAUUGCACUUACCUAGUCAACCACGUACAUGGUGGCAGCAUCGGCGUCG